UCUCGGAGAGCCGCGGGUUAGGCCGCGUGGGUUUGCGGAAGCAGGCCAUGGCUCCCUGGACAGGGGCCGAGCUCCCGAUCCUGAGUCCGCUGCGCGCGCUGUGGCUAGCGCUGGCUGCCGCCUUCCUGCUGGCCCUGCUGUUGCAGCUCGUGCCGCCCGACUUGUUCCCGGGCUACGCGUUCUUCCAGGAUCUGAUCCGCUAUGGGAAAACCAAGCUGGGGGGAGUGCCGCGCCCGGCCGCCUGCCGCGCCUUUGACGUCCCCAAGAGAUAUUUUUCUCACUUCUAUGUCAUCGCUGUGCUGUGGAAUGGCUUCCUGCUUUGGUUCCUCACGCAAUCUCUGUUCCUGGGAGUGCCUUUUCCAAACUGGCUUCACACUUUGCUCAGAAUUCUUGGAGCAGCACAGUUCCAAGGGGGCGAGCUGGCACUGUCGGCGUUCUUGGUGCUGUUGUUCCUGUGGCUGCACAGCGCACGGAGACUCUUUGAGUGUCUCUAUGUCAGCGUCUUCUCCAAUGCCGUGAUUAAUGUAGUGCAAUACUGUUUUGGGCUUGUCUACUAUGUCUUGGUCGGCCUAACUGUGCUGAGCCAAGUACCAAUGGAUGGCAGGAAUGGUGAGUGGUCCCUACCAUGUCACAGGCCUCGAGAGGGGUAUUCUUCAGUCUAUGUGAUAGGGAAGCACGUCCUGAUGCAAGCGCGCUGGUUCCACAUCCUGGGGCUGGUGAUGUUCGUCUGGUCAUCGGCGCACCAGUACAAGUGCCACGUCAUCCUCGGCAACCUCAGGAGAAACAAAGCAGGUGUAGUCAUUCAUUGCAACCACAGGAUCCCUUUUGGAGACUGGUUUGAGUAUGUUUCUUCCCCGAACUACCUAGCAGAGCUCAUGAUCUACAUUUCCAUGGCUGUCACCUUUGGCUUCCACAACACAACUUGGUGGCUGGUGGUGACAUACGUCUUCUUCAGCCAGGCCCUGUCUGCGUUCCUUAGCCACAAAUUCUACACGAGCCAAUUUGUCUCCUACCCAAAGCACAGGAGAGCUUUCCUGCCAUUUUUGUUUUAAGCUCACCUCAGUCAUGAAUAGUGUAAGCCAGGUGACAAGUUCAGGUUCCUAGAGACCUAAAGUCAGAAGCCUGCAGGACUGUUUGACAUUCUCUAUUCUGCUUUUACACGAAGAACUUCUCACAGAGUAAACAAAGCAGUAACCCCCCAAGAGUCUUGGGAGUGGCUUCAGCCACUUCUGGCACACGUGGGUGCCAUGACUGCUUGCUACUAUGCUUUAUAAAGCCAACCCUGGAUAAAAAGUAGCUGCGACUUCUCCAGGCAGCUUCACCAACACCUGACCAAUAGUUGGGACAUCGUCACAUACCUUCAUUCUUACACCAGGGAAGAUGAGAACACCUGCACAUGGGGUGGCUGCUUAAGAAACAAUGAGCUGCCCUGCUUGAUAAAGGAUCUAGUAGGUGCUCAAUAAACAUUUGUUAUAUGUCAAUAAAAGAAAUGCCUUUGAGAAUAA